AUGAAAGAAGAAGAAGAAGAAGAAGAAAAAAAAGAGGAAUUGUUGAUAAAUCCUCUUAUAGAAGCGCAAGUAAAACGUAAUAAACGUAUUGCCCAUUAUUCCACACAUCUCAUCUCCCCAACAGUGCAGUAUAUCCCCAAUGUAGACAAGACACAUCUCUGGCAUACCACUACUGCAGAACACACAGUCAAACGCAGUGCGGCUGCAGAUGAAUAUGUGACACUUUGUGUGAGUCCUUUUCACGGUAGACCUUCAACGAUUGUGUUUACACCAUUUGAUCGCCCGUGGGAUGGGGAGAGUAGUAGUAAAGAUACAAACGCCUACGUCGUCCCAGCACCACUUCCACAGAUAAAUAAUAAUAAUAAUAAUAAUAAUAAUACAGAGAUUGGUAGGAGACGUGUAGUUCCACGUACGGGUAUUUAUACCGCAUUGCACUUUACAAUGCCAGUGGGUGCUGUACGCUUUUCUGCGGUGAUGUGUACAUUAGAGCGAGCGGGAUUCACAGAAGAGACGAGUCUCAUCUCAACAUCUUGGUCGUUAAAGUGGUGUAAGCGACCAGUGCGGAGUGACUUUACACGACUGAAGUCAUUUCAACAUAUAAAUCACUUUCCUGGUACUUGGCGUAUUGGGAAAAAAGAUGAAUUACAUAAACAUCUUGUAGCUGCACGUACUAAUUGGAAUAAAAGAGUAGAUAAGAGUAGUAAGCAUCUAAAUAGUGAAGAUGAGGAGAAUAAUAAUAAUAAUAAUAAUAAUAGCAUGUCAAGAGUAAACUUUGGGGAAUUUUUCCCUGAUGCUUGGGUGUUGCCAGAGGAACAAGAGGAACUUCAUCGUGUCCUCUCAUCUCGUAAUGAGCGUGGACAUGUAUUUAUCGUUAAACCAACCACAAGUGCCUGUGGACGUGGUAUUUAUUUAGUGGAAGCUAAAGAACAAUCCACACUAAAUAUUACAGUGAAUCCAAACGAUAAUAUUGAUACACACGAAAAUAAUAAUAAUAAUAAUAAUAAUAAUAAUAAUAAUAAUAAUCAAAAGGGUUGGAGUAUGGGUAGAAGUAUUGUUCGACCUGGUCGUUUUCUUGUACAGAGAUACAUCACAGAUCCUCUUCUUAUUGAAGGCUAUAAAUUUGAUCUUCGACUCUAUCUUGUGGUCACUUCCUUUUCUCCAUUACGUGCAUAUUUAUAUGAUGAGGGACUCGUACGAUUUGCCACUUCACCAUAUCCAACUACAGAGAAUAAUAAUAAUAAUAAUAAUAAUAAUAAUAAUAAUAAUAAUAAUAAUAAUGAGAGAUCCUUUAUGAAUAUUGGAAGUGAAGCUUCUCUCACAGCACAUCUCACAAAUUUCACAAUAAAUAAAAAAUCUGAAGAUUAUGUUCCCCCUGAUAAAAAAACACAGAAUGAAAAGGAAGGGGAAGAAGGGGAGAAAUCGGCCUCUAAAUGGACUCUCACAGCUCUUCAGAAAUAUUUCCAUACACAUAAAUUAGAUUGGGAGGGAACAAUGAGAAGGAUUUAUGAUUUACUUCUUAAAGUACUUCUCGCAGUGGAACCACAUGUAGUGGAGGAGUUGGUAACUUUAAGUAAUGCUAAUAGUGAUGUAAAGUUUUCUUCAUCAUCAUUAUCAUCAUUAUCUUCUUCUUCUUCUUCUUUAUCCACACUAUCUACAUCCUGUUUUGAAGUUUACGGUGUAGAUGUACUCUUACGUGAGCCCCAAGCACCAUUCAAACAGACACCACUCCCUGUAUUGAUGGAAGUAAACAUUAUGCCUUCUCUGAGUACACACUACUCCUUACUGGAUCAAUGUGUAAAAGGUAACUUUAUCGCCGAUAUGUUAACACUUGUGGGUAUAACGGCAAUGGGAAUAACAAGAAAGAAAAAAUGUGAAAAAACUUCUCUGCCAGUAUCAAAAGAAGAAAUAAAAGAAAAGGAUACGUCUAGUGUUUCUUACGGUCAUUCAUUCCUGGAUUCCUUAACAGACGUAAAUGAACUGGAGGCAUGUAUGAUAGCAGAGGAAGAGUCUCUACGCUCUACACACUUUCGCCGACUUUGCCCAACACCAGAAUCAUAUACACAGUAUGAAGUAUUAUUUACGAAGGGGGAUGUAAAUAGGCAAAAACGAUCAUUAAAUGAAGUAUUAAGUUUGUGGGAACAGGCAAAGAUAGAUAAUCCACCGUCGUGGGUAUAA